UCUUUUUCUCAGGUUUCUCUCCCUUUUCGACGACAAUAUUCAUCACCCGACGGAUAAAAGUAAAGGAAAUAGUAGUAGAAAGUUGUGAGUUUAGUUGCGAUAACAGUCAUUGAUAACCUGUUGGUUGUAUCGACUGUAUCAACAUUUUGUACUAUUUUUAAACCACCAAAGAGCAUCGCGUGCACAUUUUUAAACGGCUUAGAAUGAAAACAAAAGAGACAGGAUGUUCGUGUGAAAUGGAUGAAAAUUAGAAAGAGAGAGAGAGAGAGUGAGAAAGAGUGAGAGUGAGAGUGAGAAUGAGUAAGUGAGUGAGUGAGUGAGUGAGUGUAAGAGAGAUAAGCAAAGGAAGCGUUGAAAAGAGAAAGAUAAUACGUGGACUGACGUUUCGUUGAUCACUCGUGACCACUUUUAAAUCGCUCAUUAGUUUCUGAUCGUGUUUCUCUGUUUGCUACACAUAGAGACGAAGAUACACAAAAGGGGAUCAUCCAUCCUUUUGAGCAGUGUGUGCUUUGUGUCAAAUUUUCUCUUUACCGGUUUGUUUUCAAGUCACCGAACGGAGGAGGGAUCAGCUAACUAGAACGUUAUUUCCUGUCUUCCGAUCGUUCUCGAAUUUUUGUCGCAUAUUAACGAAGAAAAUUAAGUGAAAUUUUUAGAAACGUUAACGUUUUUUUAUUUCGUGAGUAUCGCAUUUCAAAUUCAUUACUGCCCCGCCUCUCUUUUUUUUUUUCGAUCAUCCCUAUUUCCACUCCUACAAUUUCGUUUUCAUCAUUUUUUGAAAUGUAUUUGUUAUAUAAAUAACGAUAAGAAAAUAAUAUUUCUGAGUAUUAUAUUGAAUGGCAUUAAUCAAAUUUUGGAUAAGCCCAACACGUAAAUGGCGUUUGCAUAAUACUCGACACUAUUAUCGACGUUACUUUAAAGAAUAAUGGCGAGCAAAAAUAAAAACCAAAGGAAAAGUAGUCCACGAGGACAAAUAUUUUAUUUAAUUCAUCGUUUAAUCGAAUUCAUUGCCAAAUGUAUAUUUUCAUUAGCAGCUUAUAUUCGUGGGCCAAAAGAAGGUCAACCACCUAUAAACGAUUUAACACUUUUACACAGUGCAACUACGUUAGCUUUUAAAAUUAGAAAUAAACAAUUAACUUCCGAGCAAGUAGUAAAGUCGUACAUUGAGAGAAUACAAGAGAUUCAACCAGUAUUAAAUUGUGUAGCUGAAGAUCGUUUUGAGGAAGCUCUCUUAGAAGCUAAAAAAUACGACGAAAUGUUAGAAUCUCCUAAUGCACCAUCUGCGAAAGUUCUUGCCAAAGAAAAACCUUUCCUAGGUGUUCCAUUUUCAACCAAGGAUUGUAUUGCUAUAAAAAAUAUGAAACAAACGGCUGGUCUGGUUUUACGAAAAAAUAUUGUCUCAGAGAAAGAUGCAGAAGUAAUAAGAUUGAUGAAAGAAGCUGGAGCUAUUCCAUUAGCAACAACGAAUGUUUCAGAAAUUGCUAUGUGGUGGGAAACCCAUAAUUGUUUAUACGGUACCACGAAGAAUCCGUACAACACUAGACAUAUAGUAGGUGGUUCUUCCGGGGGUGAGGGCUGCAUACAAGCAGCUGCCGGUUCACCAUUAGGAAUAGGAUCUGAUAUUGGCGGCUCUAUUCGCAUGCCAUGCUUUUUCAAUGGAAUUUUUGGUCAUAAACCUUCCAAAGGUAUUGUUUCUACUGAUGGUCAAUAUCCAAGUCCACACAACGAAGAUCAAAACCAAUUACUCGGGAUAGGCCCAAUGUGCAGAUUUGCACAGGAUAUGAAACCUGUUCUUAAAAUAAUAGCUGAUAAAAAUGCGGAAAAAUUGAAUUUAGAUGACAAAGUUGAUGUUUCGAAACUCAAAUUUUAUUACAUGGAGGAUGACGGAGGACAAUAUUUUGUAUCGCCUGUAAGCGAGGAAAUAAAAUGUGCUAUGAGAAAAGUGCUUCUUCAUUUUGAGAAAGUGUAUAAAAUAAAACCUACGAAGUUACAAGUACGAAAAUUAAAAAAAAGCGCUAAUCUGUGGUUCGCAAACAUGACAUCAAAAGGCGAUAAAGAUUUUUCCUACGAAUUGUCUAACAGGAGCGGACGUAUUAAUAUUUGGUGGGAAUUUACAAAGUGGUUAAUGUUCCUAAGCAAUCAUACGUUCAUUGCUCUAGUAACAGUAGCAUUUGAGAGGUUAGGUAUAAGACAUGGGAGUGAGCAAUACACAAAACUUAUACAAGAAAGUAGAGACCUUUACCAAGAAUUUCAGGAUAUUUUGGGAGAAGACGGUGUUUUCUUGUAUCCAACUCAUCCAACGGCAGCGCCGUUACAUCAUGAACCACUUAUAAAACCAUUUAAUUUUUCAUACACUGCAAUUAUUAAUGUCUUGGGUUUACCAGCCACCGCUUGUCCAUUAGGAUUAAACAAGGAAGGAAUUCCAAUUGGCAUACAGGUCAUUGGUGGUUUAUAUCAAGAUCGUUUGACGUUAGCUGUUGCCGAGGAAAUAGAAAAAGCAUUUGGGGGAUGGGUUCCUAUCAGUAUCAUAGCUUAAAUAUUAGACAUUUUAGACAAUAAUAAUUUAAAAUGCAUUGUAAUGCAUUGACAUACCAAAUCCUGCCUUUCUUGACUCUUGAGUAAUUCAAAUUUUAUAGAAGAAAAGAUAUCUGUGUAUUUAAGUUUAUAAAUGAAAGGUACAAGUUACCUUUACACAUGUGAGACAUGUAAGACACGACAUGUAAGACAUGAUUGAUACGAUUUAAUUUUUAUUUUAUUUUUUUAUUCUGAUAAUAAUAUCUUCUAUAAGCAUAUUUUUAUUAUUAUUAUUAUUAGUAGUAAUAGUAGUUCGAAUGAAAAACUAUUAACAACUUCAUUAACAAUCCAUUAAUAUAAUUGCUCGUAUUAUUGAAAUAAUCCAUUCGAAUAAAUCAUUUCUACACAAAAUAUGGAUUAUAUAGUAAACGCAGAUAUGAAAACUACCUCUGAUCGAGAAACUAAAUUUCUACUACUAUGAGCAUUUAUAAAUUUAUACUUUCCAAAAAUAAAUGUCUUUCUAUAUGAUAAUGUAUUCGUUUA